AGUGCACCCUCAGCUCAUGCUUCUCCGGUUGCAUCAAGAUGUGCAUACGCAGGAUAUAUCGCCAGGCAAUUACUUCAGUACUUAUAACGAAGUUUAUGUUCACCAUCCAAAGCCUUUUCGCCUUUGUUUGUAAUAACUAAUGAAGAAUAAAGAUAGUACUUUUGUGAUCAACAUAGAUGAGGAAUGGAUCAGGAAAUUGGAAAAUAGUGCAAACUAUGAAGCAAAAAGGCAAUUUACGGAUCAAGAUUCAACAAUCUUUAGAGUCUCAGAAAUUUUACGAGCUGCCCAUCCCGAGGCAUACGAGCCAAUGCUUGUCUCACUGGGACCUUACCACCAUCAUAAGCCUCACCUUCAAGCUAGAAAUCAGCUCAAGUGGCUUUUGCUCAACAAGUUGUUGGAAAAAAGUCCUAAGAAAGGUCUAAGGGACUAUCUCAUACUUAUCAAGGAAAAAGAAACCCAAGUGCGAAACACUUACUCAGUGCAACCAAUCAACAUGUGCGAAGAAACUUUCAUUGAAAUGAUGUUGCUAGACUGUGUAUUUGUCAUUAUGAUUUUGUGGUUUUGGAAGGAGGACCAAAAUGGAUUGAAAGCAAUAGAAAACCCGGUCUUUAUGAGCGGGCAGCGAUCAUGGAUAGUACUGGCACGAGACAUGUUGCUUUUGGAGAAUCAAUUGCCCUUCUUUUUGCUCGAGACUUUGUUCGACUCGGCAUUUCCUAAUAAGCAUGGUAGGCUAAAGCAAUGGGUGGUUCAAUUCUUCAGUGGCUUUGUAAAUGAUACGAUACAAGAAGCACCUAAGGGCACUAACACAAUUCAUCACAUUCUCCAUCUUUUUUAUUUAUGUAUUGUGUCAUUAAACAGAAGUAGCAUUGCUGAUCCUCAAUCGAUGGUAUUUGAGCAUUUUGAAAAUGACGACAACCAUCAUUGGCCGACCUCAAGGCUGGGAUGGAUCCCGAGUGCGACUCGAUUAGCAUAG